GAAAUAAUAAUGAAUAAUGAUAUUGAAAACCAUUUGGUCCUAUCUCUUCCUACCCAUAAAUCUUUUUUGUAGUUAUUUUAACCCAAUUAAAAAGAUUCAAUAAUAAGUGCACAAGAGAAAUUUUGUCAGGUUUCAGGCAUAGAGCCCAGUAACACUCAAUAACAAAUUCAAGGAAAAAAAUAACAAAACCCCAUUUCAACUCAAAUAGCUUCACAGUUUUACUAAUCUCUCUCAUCUUCUUCCCAACAUCAAAGAAGACCUUUACUUCUGGUUAGAAUAGACCAAGAACACUGAGUACGACAAAGAACCAUGAUGAAUCUUUCUUCUCGUCGCGCCUCUUCCACUCUCACAUUGAGCUUCACUGUUCUCCUUUUAGCUUCCACAGGUUCGUAUGGCUCAACAUUCACAUUCGCUAAUCGGUGCGGCUACACCGUAUGGCCUGGAAUCCUAUCGAAUGCUGGCUCACCUACUCUCUCCACCACCGGAUUUGAGCUCCCUAAAGGCACCUCUCGCUCUCUCCAAGCUCCCACCGGUUGGUCCGGUCGAUUCUGGGCUCGUACCGGUUGCAAGUUCGACAGUUCUGGCUCCGGUACAUGCAAAACCGGUGACUGCGGCUCCAACGCUGUCGAAUGCGCCGGGCUUGGUGCCGCACCGCCUGUAACUCUCGCGGAGUUCACUCUAGGCACUGGCGGCGAUGAUUUCUACGACGUUAGUCUCGUCGACGGUUACAACAUUCCGAUGAUAGUUGAAGUCGCCGGUGGAUCUGGGCAGUGCGCUUCUACCGGAUGCACUACGGAUCUUAACAUUCAGUGCCCUGCUGAGCUGCGUUUCGGCGACGGAGACGCUUGCAAAAGCGCGUGUUUAGCGUUUCGGAGUCCUGAAUACUGUUGCAGCGGCGCGUAUGCUACACCUUCUAGUUGUCGGCCUUCCGUGUAUUCGGAGAUGUUUAAAGCCGCGUGUCCUCGCUCCUAUAGCUACGCUUACGACGAUGCUACGAGCACUUUCACUUGCGCCGGUGGAGAUUAUACGGUGACGUUUUGCCCUUCUUCCCCUAGUCAAAAAUCGACUAGCUACUCCCCUCCAGUGACAGACUCGUCGUCGACCUCACAAGGUUCCGAUCCUGUGCCUGGUUCUGAUACUGGUUACGCUGGUCAGGGUCAACAGACUCCAGGUCAAGGUAAUGUGUACGGGUCACAGGGGACUGGGUCGGAGAUGGGUACGGGUGAGACCAUGUUACAAGACGGAUCAUGGAUGGCUGGUUUGGCCAUGGGAGAGGCAAGCAGACCAGCCGGCGUUUCAUUGACAGUGCUGCUUGCUGCAUUUACUUUUCCGUUUAUUUUCUCGUAGCAUCAUCGUCUUUAGAUUUGGUAGUCGUUUUGUUAGCAUUGCCUUUGUUUAGUUUUUGUUGAUACUCGAUGAUUAUCGCUUAAGACUGCGACAAUUUGGGUUUUAGGCUUUUAGGGUUUUGCAUUGUAGCUUUGUCGUGUACGCGCGUGUUUGCUUGUAUCAUCUGUCAUUGAAGAUUGUUUAUCAUGUUCGAAAUUGUGAGAUAUGCUUUGUGAUUUAAAGAAAGAUCUUUUGUGGCUUUAGAUCUACCAAAGUGAUGAUUAGGCCACUAGAGUUAAUUUCAUAUUUAUUGUGUUUGGAUGUUGGUAGGUGUAUUUCUUUAUUCUUAGAGAGUAUAGUAACAUUUAAGUGUAUGAUAAUGUCGACAGAGGCAAGCUGGGGCUCACAGUUAAUGGCUGUGUGAUGUGAAUGAUUCCAC